AUGGCGACAGCCUCUCCCGCUGCUGACGGGGGGCGGGGGCGGCCCUGGGAAGGAGGGCUGGUCUCCUGGCCCCCUGCUCCUCCGCUUACAAUCCCUUGGACUUGGAUGGGCCCGAGUUGGGGGCAACAUCCCGGGCAUUGGGGCUUUCCAGCUCUCACUGAACCUUCAGCAUCCCCAGCGGCCAGUCUUGGCAUCUUCGAAGUAAGGAGAGUUUUAGAUGCUUCUGGAUGUUCAAUGCUAGCACCUUUACAGACUGGAGCAGCUCGAUUUUCUUCAUAUUUGCUUUCAAGAGCAAGAAAAGUGCUGGGCUCUCACUUGUUUUCUCCUUGUGGUGUUCCGGAGUUCUGCUCCAUAUCCACCAGAAAGCUGGCGGCCCACAGCUUUGGCGCAUCCAUGGCGGCAAUGAUGUCCUUCCCUCCCCAGAGGUAUCACUACUUUUUAGUGCUGGACUUUGAGGCCACGUGUGACAAGCCACAGAUUCAUCCUCAGGAAAUCAUCGAGUUCCCCAUCCUGAAGCUAAAUGGCCGGACCAUGGAGAUUGAGUCUACCUUUCACAUGUAUGUCCAGCCCGUAGUCCAUCCACAGCUUACUCCCUUCUGUACAGAGCUCACCGGGAUUAUUCAAGCCAUGGUGGAUGGUCAGCCAAGCCUGCAGCAAGUGCUGGAGAGGGUCGAUGAGUGGAUGGCGAAGGAAGGCCUCUUAGAUCCAAACGUCAAGUCAAUUUUUGUCACCUGUGGAGACUGGGACUUAAAAGUCAUGCUCCCAGGACAGUGCCAGUACUUAGGCUUGCCAGUAGCAGAUUACUUCAAGCAGUGGAUUAACCUGAAAAAGGCUUACAGCUUCGCCAUGGGCUGCUGGCCCAAGAAUGGACUUCUAGACAUGAACAAGGGCCUCAGCCUGCAACACAUAGGCCGGCCCCACAGCGGCAUUGAUGACUGCAAGAACAUUGCCAACAUCAUGAAGACACUCGCCUAUCGAGGCUUCAUCUUCAAGCAGACGUCAAAGCCGUUCUGA